AUGUCGGACAUGAAAGCAACCGUUGCCGAGACCUCGGCUGGAUUCCACGUCCAGGGGUGGGAGAAGAUCGAAUAUGACUUCACCUUCCUAGACGGCGUCUUCGACCCUCGCAACAGCCAGCUGGCUGGCUGCUACGAGCGUUGGGGUCGCUGUCUCGCCGUCAUGGAUUUCAACAUAUUUGAAAUCUACGGCACGCAGAUGCAGCAGUAUUUCGACCAUUACAACAUUGAUCUCAAGCUCCACAAGACCAUGAUCGGCGAGAAGGCAAAGUCAAUCGACACCUUCCUGAGCAUCGCCGACUCGAUGACGGACUUCGGUAUCAUGCGCAAGGAGCCUGUGUUGGUUGUUGGAGGUGGAUUGGUCACGGACGUGGCCGGGUUCGCCUGCGCCGCAUACCGCAGAAACACCAACUUCAUCCGCAUUCCUACGACGGUCAUUGGUCUCAUUGACGCAUCUGUUUCGAUCAAGGUUGCCGUCAACUACGGGAACUACAAGAACAGACUUGGUGCUUACCAUGCCCCCAUGCACACCUUCCUCGACUUCAACUUCCUGCGGACCCUGCCGAAAGCCCAAGUGCGGAACGGCUUCGCGGAGCUGAUCAAGAUCUCGACCUGCGCACACCUCGAAACCUUUGACUUGUUAGAUGAGUAUUGCGAGCAGCUUAUCAACACCGGCUUCGGUCGUGCGGACGGCGCUCCUGCGGAGAUCAAGGCGGCUGCAGACAAGAUCAAUCGGGCAGGCAUCUACGAGAUGCUGAAGCUCGAGACUCCCAAUCUGCACGAGAUCGGACUGGACAGAGUAAUUGCCUAUGGACAUACGUGGUCCCCGCUGCACGAGCUGGUCCCUGAAGUGCCCCUCCGCCACGGACAUGCCAUCUCGAUUGACAUGGCGUACUCUGCUACGCUAGCAAACAUGCGGGGCCAGCUCAGUGACGGCGAGUACCGGAGGAUCUUGAACCUCUUCUCGCGAGCAGGGCUGUCGAUGGAUCACGCACAGUUCGACGAAGAGAUCCUCGACAGGGGUACCAAGGCCAUCUUGAAGACGCGGGACGGCAAGCUUCGGGCAGCGAUCCCCAGCCCUCUGGGUAACUGUGUGUUCUUGAACGACGUGUCGUACGAGGAGAUGGUCAAGGCGCUGCACCUGCACAAGCAGAUGAUGAAGGAGUACCCGCGCCAGGGCGAGGGGCUCGAGGCGUACGUCGACUCGAGCGACACGGGUUACACGCUCAACGGCGCGGCAGUCGAGGGCAAGCCGGCCAAUGGGGCGGCGGGCGUGAAGAAGGCGGUCGUGAAGGACGACACAGCGGACGGGAUCGCUAGCGGGGGGCCUGUGCAGAACGGGCACACGAGCAAAGCGGCGACGGCGGUGCGCAAUGCGGCUAGAUGUGACGGCAUCCACGCCAACGGCAAUGGGCACAGCCACUAG